AUGGACGAGCGCCUUCGCCUACUCGAAGCGCAGGUGGAUCGCCUCAGUACCGAGGCCGACGAUUUGCGUGCAGUGCGCUUUCAGCUUGCCGCUUUGCAUUCUGACGUCAUUGGCUUGCGUGAGCAGUGUGAUCACCUUAGUGCCCGUCUUCGCGCCCUCGAAGACCAGGACUCGGCUGCAUUGCGUAGGCUGCAGCCUCGCAGCGCUCUUGGAACCAGUGCCAUUGCAGUGAUUGCUUCCAGUUUCUGUGCCUUCAACUGUCCCGCACCUUUCCCUCAGUGCAGUGGCAGUCGGUGCGUGAGGAUUAGUGCAGAGAUGUCGGAUGCAAGAGAGGCUGAUCCUGAUCACUCGGUUUCUGGUCAGGGGGAGGAGCCUAGUGAUGAUGCAGCCAGUGUCAAUGCAUGGGGCCUGUUGGCUCCACUGAGCCCCACCACCCAUGCUGCAGUGCCUGAGGAAAGCCAAGAGGACCCUGCCUUGUGGCUGCCGGAGCCCUUUAGUCCCUUGGCCUACGACCCUGUGCAUGAUCCCGACCUUAGAGACCCUGCCUCGGACUUGGGUUCUUAUGAUAUGGUUCAUAGUGGGGAACGCGAAAGGUCUCUUGACCCCGAGGACAUUUGGUAUGAUUCAGUGCGAGAUCAUUCUUUAGAUGCGGCCCUAGCCGAAGGUGACAGAGAGGAGGCCGCAACCAGCGUUGCGGAAGAGCCUCUUCUGCCUGCUGAGUCACUAUCCUACAAGCGUGUCUUCGAGGAUGCCAGGUGGGCCGAGGUUGCUCAGGAGGCAAAGUUCAGGCGUGUGUGUCAGGACUUGCCAAAGUUGCCUUGGGAGCAAGGUGCAUGGUCCAGCAUUUUUGGACCUGAGAGAAACAUGAUCGACGAUGCCCUUAGGAGCAGUGUGCAAGCCUCUUAUGGCUCCGAGGAAGCUGGUCAAUUGCCACCCGAGAACCUGCCGUCAGCUUCGGCCUUUCUUGAGAAAACUUCGAGUGUAGUUAGGACUAGGCUAAGGCGGUUUCAUCUUGAGCGACCGGCAGAUGAUAGACGGGAGCACGCCAUAAAGCGACUGAGAGCUCUCAUCAUGUACGAUCCCGACACUACCUUCUUGGGGAUGGUAGUGGCAAAGGAGGCAGCGAACCUAGCUGACGAUGAGGCUCUGUCAUACUCCUUCACUUGUGCUUUUGCAAAGAGUGCUUCCGGCUCUCUCAUAAAGCGAGCUGGGUCCCUUGACCGUUUUGGUAAGUGGAUCCUUUGCUGCCGAGGGACCUCGCCCCUUAGAUGCUCCGAGGUUGACUUGUUUGCCUACUUCUCGCACCUGCAGGGCGAGGGGGCGGGGGCCACGUCAUGCCAGCAUUGUGUGGAGGCACUGCGGUUCCUCCAUGGUGUUGCGGUGUUUCAAGUGCUUGACCUUGAAGAAGUCUUUAGCGCCAGGGUGCUAGGGAUUGUAAGGAUUAUGCAUGUGACAAAGGCCCCGUUAGCUCAACGUCCCCCUCUGACUGUAGAACACCUGUCCCUCUUGGAGCAGUUUGUGACCAUGAACAAGGAUCACCGCGCAUGUGUGGUAGGCCAACUGGUCUUCUGCGCACAUGCUUGUGCCCGGUGGGCGGACAGUCAGCGCGUACAGAGCCUAACCAUGGAGUGCGAUGCUGAGAGCGGUGUGGUACUGAUAGUGGCCGGGGCACUCGGCUCCAAAACACGGAUCUCUGCUGAAGCACGCACGCGGCUUCUGCCGUACGUCGCCCUGGGCAAAGGCGUAAGCAACGUGCCAUGGGCAGAGGCGUGGAUGGAGGCCAGAAAAGAAAUGGGUCUGCAAGCUGGAGGGUCUUUUCUCCUUCCAACCUGGAGUGAGCGAAAAUAUGACUGGGGUGAUUUUGAAAUGGGGGCCGCGGAGGCCACAAACUACCUCAGGGAGGCGCUCAUUUCCAUGGGAUGCGAUCUUGACGAGGUCCAGGACUAUGGCAGCCACAGCAUGAAAACUACUGUCCUGACUUGGUGUGGCCGUAGCACGAUCAUUCCUUUCACGGAGCCUGAGCAGCGUGCGCUUGGCCAUCAUCUGGAUCCGACAAGCAAAUCUCCUUUGACUUACAGCAGAGAGUAUUAUUUGAAACUCUAUGCAAAAGUGCUGGCCGUCUUUUCGACCAUCCAGCAAAACCGCCUGUCCUUUGAAGAGGGCAACGAAAGGGGCUUGAGCCGACUUGAAAUUCCGGCGUCAAAGCUGAACAGCGAAAAGAUGGAUGAGGAUGGGGAGUCGGACGACUCCGAUCAUGCCUCGAUAGAUUUGGACAGAGAGCUCGAAAGGGAUGAUGGCCCUGCCGAACGUGAAGUUUUUCGAGGGGUCCCCUGGACCACAUGCACUGUCCAUUCUGUCUCCGGCAUCACACAUGUGAAGAGGGAUCAGACCACUCUCUUGUUGUGCAACAUGACUUCCUCCGCCCUGGAAAGUACUGCCGAGUUUGCUGAGAGGUGCAAGCGGCUAGGACUGUCGGCAGCCAACUUGGAGGUGCUCCAGCAUGCAGGCGUUGCAAGCUUUGGCCAGUUGUGCUUUAGUGUGAGUGCCUCCCCUCACACCAUCACUGACCAGACUUUCGAAGCAUGGGUUCAGCGGCUUUGGGUGCCCUCGGUUCCUUCUGAGCAGCAGCAAACAUGUCUAAAGAAGCUCCUUUUCGAAAGCCAAACUAUGUCAAUGGGCGAGAUUCGACAGAAGAUGCAACCGGCCUCGGAGCAAGUUGCAAAGCCUCUGCCCCCAUCGGAGCGGUUAGCCAGGUCGCAGCGACAGCAGGCUAGGAUCACUGGUUUGGUGUACACUCCUGAGACUACUCCCUCGCACUACCUAGUUGACUUGUUUAACGAUCAACUUGAGACGGGCGUCAUUGCAUGGGUCGCGCCUGAAAAGUGCGCUUCCAGGGCAGAUGAAAUGCAAAGCAAUAAGAAGGACAAAGCCUUGCAGCUCAUGCCGGAUGGACAGAUCAAGGUUAACUCCAAGGCUGCAGAGGUCAGGUGUGAAGCCAGCACUGACUCCAAGCUUCGUGCAGCUUGGCAGAGACGGUCCCUUGCAAUGGACAUGGCCGGGAUUGCAACUUUCAUCGUGGUUGAAAAGUGGGUGCAUCAUCUCUUUUCAGUGUUUGCCCGCGACGUCCCGGAAGGUUAUGCACCCAUCCAGUUGAGGCAAAUGGUAAAUGCAGACAAGCGCUUGUUCAUGUUGGCCGCCGAGGGCCUGCCUGCUGAUCUCAGGGCCAGCCGGCCCGGAGACAGGACACCGCUGGAUGAUCAAAUUAUCAUGCUGAUGUUCUCUCCCGAGAUCUCUCAGUACCUUGUGCCGAUGCCCAAGCCUCAUGUUCCGCCCCCACCUCCGGGGGGUAAGGCCUUAGCUGAAUCGCUGAAGCGGGCCCUCAGUGAGGACUUGCCCUUUGAUAAAAACUUCUUGAGUCGGGCUUGGAAAAAGGGCAAGGGCGGCAAGGGCGGGAAGGGCGGAGACAAGCAGGAGGAUCCAGCAAAGCGAUUCAACCUUCCCGAGGAAUCAGCCUCUGUGUUUCUUGUGGAAUCAGGGGAAAUGCAAAUGGAAGGGCAAAGGAAAGCGCUGCAACAGGGGCUUCCACCAGCCAACGAGUGGGCCCCUGAGACCAAUUCUGGUCUUCACCCGGCUGAAUCCUUGGCUCGCAGCGCAGUGCAACAGGGUAAUCUUCAGAAGUCAGUCAUUUUGUCAGUUUUCGAGCUUUUGCCUGAAGGGAAUAAUCCUAGAGGGUCCGAUCAAGCUUCCAAGGCCUUCGUGACUGGUGCUUUCAUUCAUGGAACCAUGUGUUCAGUGGUCAACAAUCUCACACGUUUUCCAUGGACUUCUGAGCUCUUGGCAUCGUAUGCAAGGCAACAGGCACCGACGGCAAAAUUUUCUUCAUUGGUCAUUUUUCGCAACAAUCAGGCGGCUCCACAUCGCGACUCGCAUAAUUGCCCACAUAGUACUAACCAGGUUUUUGCAAUGACGAAUUUUUCAGGCGGAAGGGUCAUCGUGGAAGACCCUGAGGGGGAGCACAGAAUCACUCAUGAGGGCCGCGAUUUUCGUGGUCGUGCCAUAGCCUUUCGGAAUGGAAUGCUGAGAUUCGCUGCGCGGGAGGUCGUGCAUUGGACCGAGCCCUGGCUCGGCACCAGGGUGGUCCUUGUGUCAUACACGGUGAGGGGCCUAAAGAGCAUGCCUGACACUUGCCGUGAUUCGCUUUUGCAGGCCAGAUUUGCCUUGCCAGGCUAUAAAGCCGAGCCCCUUAGGUGCCCGCCUGUGGAGGUUCCCACUUCCCUAGAUGCUGAGCCUGAUGCCGAGGCCAACCCGGGUCCUGUGCCUGUAGGGUUUAGUCCUGCCCCUGUCCCGCAAGUACCCAAGGAUAGUCCGUCCUCCGCUUCGGUCGGCGAAACCCCGCUCGCCCUCGAACUAUUUUCGGGGCGGGGACGGCUGUCGCAAUGCUUGCGCCGGGCCGGAUUUACCGUCUUGUCCAUGGACCACAGGCUAGCUCACAGCCUCGUGCCGGUUUGCAAAACUGAUCUUGCCACUGAGGCAGGCCAAGCUUUCGUGUGGUCGCUCCUCGAAUCCUGCUGCCCUGCCUUUGUCCAUAUGGGCUUGCCUUCUGACACAGCCUCUUCUCGCUCCUCCUCAGGAGCAUUGCGUACCUCGCAACAUCCUUUGGGAUGCCCGGAUUUAAACUUAGGCAGUCUUGAGGCCACACGCGUGGAUGAGGCCAACAGAAUGUAUCGCUUCUCUUUUGAGGCCUUGAAGGACACAGAGGUGUUAGCCAAGUGGCAGGCAUUGCAGUCAAUCGACCUGCAUUGUUGCAUGUUUGGCGGCUCCCGUGCUAAGCCAUUGCGGCUUAAAUGUACACCUGGCCUGUUCGACUCCCUUGCGGUGUCAUGCGACAAACAACAUGAGCACAAGCCCUGGUCCCUCAAUCGCACUCGUGUGGAGAUUGCCGUGGAUGCAUCUUACCCUCUGGAUUUGUGUCGUCGUAUGGUUUCAGCCUUGCUGUCUUUCAUGAGCCAAGCUGGACAGGCCUUGCCGUCUGCCAUCCGUUUGCAUGACCAAUCCUUGGCCGCAGCUGGGGUCCAGCCGCGCCGGCAUAAACCUCUAAUCCCCGAGUACAAGACAGUCGUGCAAGUCCCAGCGGACUCUCCAAUCCCGACUGGUGCCAAGUUCUUUCACAAGGCUGCAUCUCUGGCUCACCCCAUGGAUACCACCAAGCCGGUGGCCAUGGUGACGAAAGCAGCAAUCGAUUCCUCCUUACAUGGGGACCCGGAUGCCCUAUCCGAGCAAAGGAGAUCCUUCCUUAGCUACUUGGAGGAGAAGAUUCGCCGCCUUCAGCCCCGUGAGGACGCCUUACACAAAGGCAUGCCAAAGUAUAUGCAGGAAGUUCUUGAGGGCAAAAACUUGCUAGCCUGGGAGGAGCUCUUGAAAGAGACGGGCUAUACUGACCUUGAUUGCGUGCGCUUCAUGAAGGAGGGAGUGAGGCUUGUAGGGUGUGAGGAACAUCCAAAGGACUUUGCGAAGAAGGUAUCCCCCGCAUCCUUAUCGGAAGAAGAGCUUAGAGCUACGGCUCGGCAUCGGAGGUCUAGCUUGUUGGGUUUAGGGCGUAGUUUCCCCUCCGAGGAGGAUGCUUCCCUGCUGUCCCAAGCCACGGCCGAGGAGGUCGACGCUGGCUUCCUUGAGCGAGGUAUGACUGCCGGGGAGGUCAGUGCCUUCUUCGGUCACGAAAAUUGGGGUGUGGUACGAAGGUUCGUGCUGGUCCAGGAUGGAGGUCGCAAGGUCCGUCCCAUAGAUGACUGCUUGGAGGCGCAAAUCAAUGCUGCUUACACCUCCACAAUUGCCCUGCAACUUCACGACUCAGAUUAUGUAGCUUCACUGGCCCUCUUCAUCGCCGAACGAAUGCAAGGCCUUCCAGCCAGCAAGCGCAUGCCGUGGCAUGGUAAGUGCCUCGACCUUUCGAAAGCUUAUAAACAAAUGGCAGUCCAUCCACGAGACCGCGACCUGUGUGUCAUCAUGAUCCAGGAUCAUGAUGGAGUUGCAACUUACCACAUUUGCAAUGCGUUGAUGUUCGGGGCUUCGGCAUCAGUGUUUGCAUUUGUACGGGUGAGUCGUUCGUUGUGGUGGAUAAUAAAUAAGUGCUUGAAAGUGCCCUGUGCCUGCUACUUCGAUGACUACCCAUUAUUUAGCCCGGAGUCAUCAGCUGCUUCCGUGGACCAAGAUGUAUCCCGGCUAUUGGACUUGCUGGGGUGGAGGCAUGCAAAGUCCGGGUCAAAAGGCAAGCCCUUUGAUAGUUCCUUCGACGUCCUUGGGACUAGGCUAGACUUGGGUGAGAUCUUGUCAGGGAAGAUAGUUCUUGCAAAUAAGGUUGGCAGGGCGGAGAAAAUUCUUGAAAAGGUUUCGACUGCAUCCCUAGGGAAUGGGAGCUUCAGGCAAUCUCUGCAGGUCCUUAUUGGACACUUGAACUUCGCCUCCGGCUUCUUUGCAGGAAGGGCCCUGCGACACGUGGCCUACGACUUGAAUCAUCUGAUGGGCAAGGAUUGGCUUUCAGCUAAGGACUCCUUAGAUGAGUUGGGCAGCCGCAUCUCCGUCAUCCUUCAGAGCACCCCUCCCCGGUCCUUAGUGUGCAACCGAGUGCGCCAACCGAUCCUGGUGUGGACCGAUGGCUCUUGGGAAAAGGGACAUGCGGGUAUAGGUGCCGUUGAAUGGGAUCCCAUUGCCUCGAAGGGUGCGGUUUGGGCUGGCCGCAUCCCAACCAGCAUCACUGCUCUGUGGUUGAAAACUGAAGAUCACACUCAGGAGCAGAUAAUAUCGCAGGUCGAGUUGUACGCAAUGGCACUCAUCAGACAUCUUCGGAAAGAAGCAUGGAUGCACCGGAGGGUCAUCGUCUUCUGUGAUAACGAGGCGGCACGCUUCGCAGCCAUAAAAGGUGGCAGCAGCAGCCACAGCAUGAAUCGGCUGGUGCAGGCAUGGGAUCACCCAAAUUUUGAUCACCCAGCUUACUUGUGGAUCGAGCGUGUGCCCUCUUUCUCGAAUAUUGCUGAUGGUCCCUCAAGGGGCGUGCCCGAAGAGGCCUUACACCUUACACGUACCAGCUCUUGCCGAACUUUUGAGACAGAGGCCGAGCUCGAGACUCUCUUGUUCAGCAGGCGCAGAAAGGAGAUGGGGUGA